AUGGAGGGGGACCUGGGGGCCCCCAAUGCCAGCGUGCUGGGGGAGCACUCCCUGCUCGUGGGCAGCAGCUGGGUGGCCGCCUUCCUCUGCUUCAUCAUCCUGCUGACCACGGCGGGCAACUUCCUCCUCAUCCUCCUCAUCGUCACCCAGCGCUCCCUCCGCAACACCUCCAACUACUUCCUGGUGUCCCUCUUCAUGUCGGACCUGAUGGUGGGGCUGGUGGUGAUGCCGCCGGCCAUGCUCAACCAGCUCUAUGGCCACUGGGUGCUGCGGGGGGACUUCUGCUCCCUCUGGGCCUCCUUCGACGUCAUGUGCUGCAGCGCCUCCAUCCUCAACCUGUGCAUCAUCAGCCUGGACCGGUACCUGCUCAUCACAUCCCCACUCAGGUACAAGCUGCGCAUGACGUCCUGCAGGGCGCUGGUGCUCGUCCUGGCCGCCUGGACCUUGGCCGCGCUGGCCUCCUUCCUGCCCAUCAAGAUGGGGUGGCAUGAGCUGGAGUUCGAGGCGCGGCCCCUGAACGUCACCGACCGGGGGGACGAGGAGCAGUGCCGGCUGCUGGUCAGUCUGCCCUACGCCCUGGUGGCCUCCUGCCUCACCUUCUUCCUGCCCUCCGCUGCCAUCUCCUUCACCUACUGCCGCAUCCUGCUGGCGGCGCGCAAGCAGGCCGUGCAGGUGGCCUCCCUGGCCUCCAACGUGGCCGCCGCUGGUGAGGCCACGCCACAGGUCCCACAUGCCCCAAGCCAGGCCCUGGCCGGCAGCGAGAGCAGGAGGUUCACCAACAAGCACAGCAAGAAGGCUCUGAAGGCCAGCCUGACCCUGGGCAUCCUCCUGGGCAUGUUCUUCGUGGCCUGGCUGCCCUUCUUCGUCACCAACGUGGCUCAGGCAGUUUGUGUCUGUGUCCCGGCCGGAUUCUUUGAUGUGCUCACCUGGCUGGGCUACUGCAACAGCACCAUGAACCCCAUCAUCUACCCGCUCUUCAUGAGGGACUUCAAGAGGGCCAUGGGCAAAUUCCUGCCCUGCUGCCAGCACUCGGUGGAGCCCCGGCCCAGCGCCAUCUCCCUGUCCAUGAGGAAUUCCAACAGCGGGCCCCGUGCUGCCACCUCCCUCAAGAACGUGCUCACCCUGCAGGCUGAGACCGACUCCAUGGACUCCGGGGCACCGGGGAGUGAGCCCCGGCUGCUGCCGGCACCGCGGGGCCCCGGCACCCGCUCCGUCAGCCUCUGGGAUGCGGAGCCCCCGGACACGGAGCUGCAGCUUGGAACCCCCGUGGCCUGAAUGGGCACACACAGCUCUGUGUGCUAGCAAGGAUCCCCCAGGCCCAGCACAAACCCUCUGGGAGCUGAUUUGCCACAAGCCAUCUCCUGGUUCCCUGUUCCGGCACACGAUGCAACUCGUGGAGAGGAUGGUGGCCCCAGGCGCUAUCACAAGGAGGAUCAAACUGUGCAAAGCCAGGUGUGGCUGCUGAAUUAACCUGCUUUGUCUCUCUUUCAUCUCUCCUGUGCUCACCACCACCAUCCCCUAACCCUUCCCGUGGCCUUUCCAUCUCUGGUGAGUCUGAACUUUGGAUUCCAGACGCUGUGUCUCCCUAAUCUCAAGCCAAGGCUUGGCUUUGCACACACAGAGCUCAGCAGAUCUCCUCCAAGUGCACUGGGGGGAGUGGUAGAAAAAUGUCUGGUGGCUCAUGGGCAAGAGGUCUGGAGCUGCUUCAGCAGGAACACUGAGUUUUGGGAUUGCUUCAGCCCACAGAACAUCACAUCUUCCUGGAGCUGGGGCUGGAUCUUCUCCCUGGAGUCGUGUCUGUCUCAGGUUCCUGUCACACAGUGCACUCCAGCUCAUGGCACUGCCAUGCCUUGUCACGCAGAGCUGCACUGCGGGGGCUGAAUUUGGUGCAGAAUGUCCAACACUGAUUUUUGGAUGUUCAGUGGGUGUGGGGUGCGACUCAUGGUGGCUCCAUGUGUGUCUCGCAGUAGUAGUGGGAUCAGGUCCUCCCACAGGCUACAUCCAACAGCUUCCCACUCCUGGCACAGGGCCAUCUCACUUCCCUCCAACAAUCCAUCACAUCCUCGAUGAUGCAGUUAGAAAAUACACUUUUUUCCCCCCUUCAGAUAAGAAUCUAAAGGAAAAUUGUAUUUCAAAUGACAAUGCCAGCCCCCUCCCCAGAGCCAUAAGCAGAGGGAACACUGAGUACAUGUGACAACUGGGCACUUCAAAAAAUCAAUAAAAGAAAUUAUUUUAGUAAAUUCUUUCUCAAGUGCCUUUGGGCUGGCAGUUCGCUGCUGUGCCCUGCCUGGACCCUUCACUCCAAGCCUUCUGCCCAAUUCCAAGACUGUUCUCCUGGAACUCCCUGAUACCUAAAUGGACACAGAGCACACCUGGAUACAUGAUGCUGGAGGAAGCAGCCACACAUGAGGCCAUGUUCAGUUUUCUUUCCAUGUUGCCCAUGGAUGUUCCAGAACUGAACUGGAGUUUGUAUGACCAACCCAGCAUUUCUGUGCCACAAAUCCCUUGGGAGCUAGGGAUGAGUGACCAGGACACACUGAGAGCCGAGCACAGGCUCAAACCUCAAACUGUUCAAUUUUGCCACAGAUGGAGCUUGGGGCUGGUGUUGAGCACCCAGAUCAAGAUGUACAUCUUCCCACAAUGGUUUUAUAUAAAUACAAGCUUGGACUACAACCCAAGUUAAAAAGGAGCAGAAAAAGAUACUGUGGAGUCUGGAAGUUUGUUAGGUACCAAAUCAGCCUCGGGAGAUGGACGGAGAGAGAGGGAGAGUCACCUCUUCAAGCCAAUUAUUCAAAAGCAAUAAUUCCUUCCUGUCUCAUGCAGGCAGUUCUGUGUAAUUAGGUGUUUGUUUGUGGACAAACCCUCAGAUGAGCAGAGGAAUCUCAUCCCAACCCUGCAGCACCAACAGCAGCUGGCUGAACAGCCCCAUCCCUGGGGGAUCCCACAGCCAGUCCCUCCCAUCUCCACAGAAGGCACCCCUCCAGGUCAGAGCUGGGCAGGUCUGAGCCCCCUGGGAUGCUGGAUUUAGGGAGAGGAAUUGCCAGGCACUGCAUCCAAACCACGGUGCUUUGCUGGGUCACAGCAUCACCCCCAAACCCAGCUGUGUCUGACUCCAUGAGGAAUGAUCUGCAGGUAAGGUUUGCAGGCAGCUGGGAAUGGGAGGGGGGAUUAACAUGGCUGUUGGGUCAGUGGGGAGGAGGAGGGGGAGAACCCUGUGUAAAGCACAACUGGAAGGUGCAAUCCCAGUAUUUUCCCUCUCAUGAGUCAACUGGACUCCCCAGAUGGAGGUGGGAGAGUUUGAACCCUCCCUUGUGGCAAAGCAUAAAACUCCAGAGUGGGCUUACCCUCCUGCCACACUCCUCCCUGAUGCACUUGCUUGGGCUCAGCAGCAAAACUAGCCAGAAAACGGGCUUUUAU